ACUGUUUAUUUUUGAUUGGCUGAAAUUUUUAUGAAAAAAAAAACCAAAUCAUCGAGAUUCAUUUCGUAUUUUCAGAUUUAGUUUCAAUGUAAUUUAUGAUAUUUACUGAGCAAUAACUGGUAUAAUAAAGAGCAAGAUGGCUCUGUUCAGUAGUAGAGUGUGGAUACUGAGUGCCUUACUGGUGCUGGUGGCCACGGCGGGCGGGGCGCGCGCCGACACCGACGACGACGGCGUGUCCGUAGAGGUGGAGACCGAAGAAGAGGACCAAUACCAAAGCCCAAGUGUACACCCCAAACUCGUGUACUUAGCGGAACACUUUGAUGAUGAGAAGGCAUUCAAGAAGAGAUGGGUCAAGUCCGAGGCCAAGAAGCAGGGAGUGGAUGAGGACCUCGCCAAAUAUGACGGAGUGUGGGAGAUCCAAGAGCCGACGCGGAGGAUCCUAAAGAACGAUCUGGGUUUGGUACUGACGACGGAGGCGAAACACGCCGCCAUCGCCACGCUGCUCGACCGGCCCUUCGAGUUCACAGACAAGCCGCUGGUUGUGCAGUAUGAAGUCACCAUGCAGGAGGGCCAGAACUGCGGCGGCGCGUACCUGAAGCUGCUGUCCCGCGGGCCGCAGCCCGGGUCCCGCGCGGCCCUGGCCGCCUUCCACGACCACACGCCCUACACCAUCAUGUUCGGGCCCGACAAGUGCGGCAACGACAACAAGCUGCACUUCAUCUUCCGGCACAAGAACCCCCGCAACGGAACCAUCGAGGAGAAGCAUUGCAAGAAGCCCAGCCAACGCCUGGACGACAUCUACAAGGACAAGGAGCCCCACCUGUACACGCUGAUAGUGCGGCCCGACAACACGUUCAGCGUGCUCGUGGACAACAAGGAGGUGAACGCCGGCUCGCUGCUGGAGGACUUCACGCCGCCCGUCAACCCGCCCGAGGAGGUCGACGACCCCAGCGACACCAGGCCCGCCGACUGGGAUGACAGGGAGAAGAUAGUGGACCCGACGGCGCGCAAGCCCGACGACUGGGACGAGGAUGCGCCGGCGCAGAUCGUGGACCCCAACGCUGUGAAGCCCGACGGCUGGCUCGACGACGAGCCCGAGAUGAUACCCGACCCGGCGGGCGUGCGGCCGUCGGACUGGGACGACGACAUGGACGGCGUGUGGGAGGCGCCGCUGCUCGACAACCCCGCGUGUCGCGCCGCGCCCGGCUGCGGCCGCUGGCAGCCGCCGCGGGUGCCCAACCCGGACUACAAGGGCCCGUGGCGGGCGCCGCUGGUGCCCAACCCCAACUACGCGGGCAAGUGGGCGCCGCGGCGCAUCCCCAACCCGGACUACUUCCGGGACGACGCGCCCUUCAGGAUGACCCCCAUUGACGCGGUAGGCUUCGAGCUGUGGUCGAUGUCCCCGCGGCUUCUGUUCGACAAUUUGAUCAUCACGGACGACCCCGCCGUCGCGGCCGCCUGGGCGCACCAAUCCUUCACGCUCAAGAGGAACAAGCUCGCCAAGGACUCUGAGUCUGUAGUGGAGCGAGCCGUGUCCCUGGUGUCGGAGCGGCCGUGGGUGCUGGCGCCGCUGCUGCUGGGGCUGGGCGCGCUGCUGGCGCUGCUCGUGUACUGCUGCUGCCUCGGCAAGGACAAGGACCCGGACGCGGAGACAAAGAAGACAGACGCGUUCGUGGACGACGACGAGCCUAACGAGGACGAGCCGCCGCGCCGCGCCACCAAGCACGACCUGGAGCCCCCCGCCUCCGCCCCCGCCGCCCCCGCCCCCGGCCCCGCAGACGACGACGCCCCGCCCGCGGGCGACGACGCCGACGACGGCGCCGAGCCCGACUCCACCCACCCCGCGCAGGCGCGGCCGCUGCUGGACGCGGACGGCGGCGGCGACGGCCACCGCAAGCGGAAGCCGCGCCGCGAGUAGCGCCCCGCCCCGCCCCGCGCCCCGCGCCCCCCGCGCCCUCCGUUGCUUCGAUAGACGUUCAUCUUUCUGCCUUCAUCCUGUCUGUCGAUCUCCCGGAUCUUUCACGAUCUAGUUAAAAUAUUAGGAGCGUUUUAUGAAGCAGCCGAGAGAUAAGUGGGCCCCGCUCCGCGGUGCAGUACCAGUAGUACCGUAUAGUCUGGUAUACAGUGUAUGCCGGUUGUGUCGUUUCUGUGCAGCUCUAUCUCUGUGCCGUCUCUUUCUUGCAUUUCUAUUUUCUGCCAAAGAACCUGCACGUUUUAGUUCUGUCGCAUUUGAACAAAUGUCUCCCGAGCGUUGUUUUGUUUUUUACUUUUAAGAUGUACGAUAUGUAUUGUAUUGUCGAGCGGUUGUAAGAUAUGUUUCUUUUCGUCCGAUGUAAAUUUAUGUUGUUGAACACCCCACAGAUGUAAACUUUUAUUUUCAUUUGUUACUGCUAACGAUGUAUUAAACUUACAAUAUUAUAUUUUAAUAGUAUGUAGAUAGAUAAUGUGUGGUCAUAAUUUUAAUGCUUUUCAUAUCGAGCGUGCUCCUUUACGAAAGUAUUUAGGAAGUUAUUUUAUCGAGUAGAGUCGUGUUGCGAUGAGUACAAAAAUAUAGCAAAUUAACGAUAAUUAUAUGAAAACAUAUGUAAUUGAAUGUCAAGAAGUGUAAAUCGUUUGUACUAAUUAAGACUUCACCCUUGGCAAUCGUUGCGCACCGUUGUUGGUAGCGCGCAGUACAGCAAUUCCUUGCGGGCCGGCUACACCCGGCCGCUGUGCCGCGAAGCACUCCGGGAGCACGCUCGCAGCUUUCACGUCACUACAUGCAUUUUGUUUCUUCGUAAGCGCGACUUGUGUGUGAUAGGUACGAAUUCAUGGACUGUAAUAAAGUAAUAAUUUGUA